AUGGGCACCUGGUCACUGCACAGUCUCCAUCAGCAGCAACAGUCACGCGAAUCUGGUGAAGUACUGCUAAGUAACCUAAAGCUGGAAAGUUUAAAAGCUCAGGAAACAGGAAUAGGUGGUCUGCGAGAAAGUCACCACGUCUACCGUGGUCCCCUACGACAGCCGUCUACGUCCGCGACUGCGGCGGCGAAGUGUGCAGCGACAACGGCAGGCGUGGCAGCUUGUGCAAACGAGAGAAGAUCCUGGGAGUUUCUUACUUUCUUCAUACCAGUCAGGAGGCCUGGAGAGGUUGCUGAUGAUCUUCUGGUCAGAUCAAUGCCAACGGAAUACGCAUACGCGGAAUACCUCACAAUUCCUCCUCGGCCGCCAAACAGCCAAACUCCCACUUUACCUGUCGCCGGCUCCGAUGAAGGCUACACCUCCCUAAACAAUCCUCACUUUGAGGGCAAAGGGGAGUAUGAGCAGCCCAAAAAUAAGUCAAUUGAUGCCAAGGAGAUGGUAGACCCGUCACGGCACCACCGUCGAAACCUCCCGCCUCCUUUCUUUUCCCGCUCGCCCGUUCUUCCUCUCUUUUAA